GUGCGCAGCAUCGCGAGAAUUACCUUAAAUGCGGCGGCGGGAACGCAGCACCUGAGGUGCUUGAGCGGUUGGCUGAGGCCAUGGCGGACAGCCGCAGUUCCGGCAGCAGUCAUACGCCGCGUACACUGCUGCGGCGCGUCCUGGAUACAGCGGACCCUCGCACUCCGCGGCGACCCCGCAGUGCUCGAGCUGGUGCCCAAAGAGCCCUGCUUGAAACAUCUUCCUCCAGGAGGCUGAGCGGCCAAACAAAGACGACUGCCAGAUGGCAUUCCCAUGGAGCCAAGUCUGUUGGCAGAUUGUCCCGUGUUCAAGCCAGUGGGCACCUGGAGGGACAGACACCUCGGACUCUGCUGAAGAACAUCCUACUAACUGCACCAGAAUCUUCCAUCCUAAUGCCAGAGUCAGUAGUGAAGCCAGUGCCAGCACUGCAGGGGGUCCAGCCCUCCAGACAGGAAAGCAGUCGGGGCAGCCUGGAGCUGCAACUUCCUGAGCUCGAACCCCCCACAACCCUGGCUCCAGGUCUGCUGAUCACUGGCAGGAGGAAGCAGAGGCUGAGACUGUCGAUGUUUCAGCAGGGCAUAGACCAGGGGCUGCCUCUCUCCCAAGAGCCUCAUGGGAGUGCUAAUGCCUCGUCCCUCACCAGCUCCCUCAACCUGACCUUUGCCACACCUCUUCAGCCACAGUCAGUGCGGAGGCCUGGUUUGGCCCGCAGACCUCCCACCCGCCGAGCUGUAAAUGUGAGUGCCUUUUUGCGGGAUGUUCGAGGUACUUCUUUGGCUUCAGCUCCUCCAGGUGAUAGCCUCAGAACCCCUGUUACUACUCUGCCAAGGGACGUCAUGUUGGAGGACACUCAGCCCUUCUCCCAGCCCUUGGUUAGCUGCUCCCCCAGUGUUUCUUGCUCCCUACACCACUCCUCUCGCACUGGGGCUGAAGAUGUUGAAAGGACCAUCAGUCGCAGGACACAGAGCAGUGGGCAGAGCAACUCAGAGAUGCAGAGCAACAGCCCUAGGAAACCAGCCCAGUUUCUGUCAGGAAAGGAAGAGGAGGUUGAUGCCCUGGCUCUGGGCUUCCUGAACACCAGCAGUAAUAUCUCUGCAGAAGAUGGAGUAGAGCCCUUACAGGAUGGAUUUGGUAAGAAGGCAGUGAAAAGGAUGGAAGAAGGUUUGAACAUGAGUGAAGUGAAGGAGGCAACAGGAGCACAAGGACCUGCCGGGGCAGAAAAGCCUAAGGGACACACCAAGGUGACAGAAGCAGAGAGAUCCCAGGGGGCUGUUGAGGCUGAGGAGCUAGAAGGAUCUUCAGGGCAUGACGACACCUCUGGCAGUAUAGUAAGUCACGAGUUGGUCUCCAGGACCCCGAAGUUUCUCCAGGCCAAGCAACUUGGACAGUUUCUUGAGCCAGCCCCACCACCUGGUGCUGCAGUCUUAUCUUCAGAGCCUAUGGAGCCUCUGUUGGCCAGGCUUCCCCCUAGGCCCCGAACCACUAGCACCAGACCCCGUCAAGAUCCCUACAGGAGUGGACUGAGCCACUAUGUGAAACUCUUUAGCUUCUAUGCUAAGAUGCCCGUGGAGAAAAGGGCUCUUGAGAUGGUGGAGAAAUGCCUAGAUAAGUAUUUCCAGCAUCUUUGCGAUGAUCUGGAGGUAUUUGCUGCUCAUGCUGGCCGCAAGACUGUGAAACCGGAAGACCUGGAGCUGCUGAUGCGACGGCAGGGCCUGAUCACCGACCAAGUCUCACUUCAUGUACUUGUGGAGCGGCAUCUUCCCCUGGAGUACCGGCAGCUGCUCAUCCCUUGUGCAUUCAGUGGAAACUCCGUCUUCCCUGCCCAGUAGUGGCCAGGCCUCUCAACACUUGCCUUGUCCCCACUAGGGAACCCUUUGUCCCACAUCUUCCUCCAGGACUCCUCCCUUCCCCCAGCAUAAAUAAAGUGUCAUAAACAGAA